AUGAACGACGCCAUGUUUCUUGGUGAGUCUAUGUUAAACAAAGAGUUAGACGAGCUGAGAGCAAAGGUAAGUGCACUCAACAAAAGGCUGAGUACCUGGGACAAAGUCAUCAACGAUCUGAAAGAGGUAGAAGAAUACUGUCCUGAAAUGUACAAACCUGAGAAGGUCCUUCACUCGGAGAAAUUGAGGUAAGAGACAUUCGCCCAUAAAGAAGCCGUGAUGCUGCGAAUUGAGCUCAUUGAAGAAGAACUCCGCGAACUCGAACAAAACUCCAGUGACGAAUGGUACGAUGAUGAAUCAGCCGAAGCCUACACAGAAUCUGAUAUGGAUGAUAAUGGAGUAGAGCUUAAUGAGGAUUCUAAAGAAACUAGCAGUCUUUCUGACGAAAGAAAAGAUUUUCUGACGAACAGUCAAAUUGAAAGCCAGACUCUCCUAAAAUUAGUUGAGGUAAGCACAACAAUUAUAUAGGAUGAGAGUUUCAUCGGGACUAUGACACCUAAACAAACAAGGGUAAGUCAUGCUACCAUACUGGCAUAAAUCUAGCUAGAAGCUCACCUGGAGCAAGAAUCCCCUAAAUUACCAGACUCCUCACAUGAAUAGCCAUGUAUAAGUUUCUAACAAGUACUAGCUUUCACCUUAGAGUAGGUCCAGUCAUACUAAUACUCAAUACUGGAUGUGAGACCACGAUACUUGUGGGAAAUGAAGAAAAGGAAAGAGUCUGACCAAAAGCAGUAGUAAGACCUUGAAGAAUAAGGCACUUUGAGUCUAUCUAUGGUAAAGAUCAGAGACUCAAUCUACUCAAAAGAUCCUAGGUUAUUGUAGACUAUUGAUCAGAUGUGCUACUACACUUAGCUUUUCAGCAGAUAAGUCCUACUAUUAGGCACUAAUAGACAGCCUUACUGUCUCGUAUUUGAAGAGAGUCGAUCUAAACAGAUCAUUGUACAGGUAAGUUAAACUCUCAAUAAACCUUAAGACCUUCGUGAAGGAAGGCAUGUAUUCGAAUGGUGGCAAGAACAAUAUAAGGCCACAGCACUAUCUGAGGGUGAGUCUAUAGAUUCCCCUAUUUCCCUACUAUUACCAUAAGACCUUAGAGCAGGCAGGUAUAUAUUUGAAUGGUGGUAAGACCUAUAGAGAGGCACACAAGAUCUAAAAAUGGCUCAGUCAAUCGAAAGUGACCUAGCCAUAAGAAAAAUCAGUACGUCCCUGGGUAAUCUGGACUACUGUACUAUAGAGGAGGCAUAAUUCCCUCUAGUAAGGAGAUAAUUCCCUAAGAAAGACUUUAGCUCUUAGGAAGAGGAUGACUUGAGCCCUAUUAACCUAGAAGUUGGAAAGGAGGAUGACUUGAGCCCUCAAAAAUCACCAUAUUGCUUUGAACUGACAAAAAUAUUAUAAUAUUUCCCUCAAGCCUAGAGGAAGGAGGCCGGUAAUUCCCCUCAUGGUAUAAUUCCCUGUUGUGGUAAUCAUGGUUAUUCUACUAUCUAUAGUAUGAUUACACAAUGUAGGGGGAUAGAGAUUCCCGAUUCUUAAACGGAAGAAACUUUCAAAAAUUUCACUGCGAAUUUGACCGUUAGAAUCAGUUAGUAUUAUGAAGAAUUCUUAAGAAUCUCAAAAGUCAGUCAAACCUAUUAAACAGCUUAGCAUUUUCUACUAUACUUAGUUUUAGCUGCUGUAAUUUAAUGUAGGCUUCCAGUGCACUCACAGAACCAUUAUCAGCUAUCGUCUUCUGUGAUCUCGACUAUAGAGUCAGGUGAUUAUUCCAAAUUCCCUACUGAAUUAAGAUAAUAUAAUAAGUAGGAAGAUACAUUGGGUAUAUGUAUAAACACUGUAGAGGUAUCUGCGACCUCCUUGAUAUUGAUGAUUGCAUCUCUGCAUUUAUAGGAGAUAUCAGUUAGUCUACUCAGAAGAGUCAUUCCGAGACUAGAGAGACUAAAGAUCAGGGUAAUACUAUCUGAUUACAGUGUAACCGAGCAACAAUUGGUCAUUAUUAAGUAGAUAUUUGGUUAUAAUUAUCUGAAAAUGACUGCUCAGUAAAAUUCCUCUAGGGACCAGGAUUGGUACUUUAGAGUGUGCUUACCAGGUGCAAACCUAGUCUUUUUUGCACCACAAGAGCUUUGGACAACCGAAAUAAGUUUAUCUUCACAUGACUUUUUUGCUUGUGCUGAAGUAAUAGGUCCAAGCUUCAAGAGCUUUUUCGAAAUGUUAGACUUUUCAGUCAUAUUACAAACUCUGAACUAAACGCGAACUAAUUUAUACUCAGAGUAAGCUCUUUUAAGAUGUCUAGGUUGGUAAAACGAAUAUCGCUGA